CUAUACGAUUCUAACCGUGCCCUUAAUCGAGAUGCCAGAUUGUUGCGAACUUUGCGUGCGCAUCAGUUGAUCUUGGCCACUCGAAUGGAAUCGACUGAUGAAGGUAUGACCCAUGCAACGUGGAUUCCGUUGGAUUUGAGUACCGUCCCUGCUCAAAACUGUUGCUUUGGACCAAGUUUAUUGGCUGCCGGGAUUAGUUGCAUGACCACAGCAAUUCGAUUAGCCCCUACCAGUGGGGGCUUGUCUCCUAACGAUUGGAUUGCUCGUAGUCAAGCGGGUGGUUUAAGACGAAUGCUUACCGCCAGGAUUGGGUUUGCCACUAGCAUCGCCUCGGACAACUUCCUCCAAUGGCGAACACUCAGUCCGUACCGGACAGGUCAGAUUGAAAGUGGCGAUUUAUCUCCAUGGCGUGAAGUCAGCCUCCGUGGUCUGCAGCUUAAAGAAACCGGAAAUCGGAUAAUACAGUUUGCGAAUUCCGCAUCGGGAACAGAGCGUCCAAUGGAUCUGUUCGAAUCAACCUCACACUCAGACUCCACGGUGACCUAUCCCCGUAUGCAACCGGGAAGUCGCGUUUCCGUUAUGCCUCAGCUCGCCGAUCAACCGGUUCGUUUGCACAUUGACUUCGGUUCCCCCACCUACUGCGCUCAGUCUCCCACAGUUCAUGUGGCCAGUCUUCUGGACGCGCCCGGGGAUAAGGCAGUGGAAUGGAAGCGAUUGCGCAAUCUGGUUGAUUCGUUCAAAUCUAACCGCUUGGGAUCCCCGUUGGAAGGAAUCGAGUCAGACCAGUGGAUGGAGUUCAUGGAAUCGGGGCAACGAAAUUUAGCUGACCCCGUUCUGGGGACAUGA